GCAUCCGCGGAUUUGGAUCCGGAUGUGAAGAAAUUCAACGCGGCAGUUGUGGUACUACCAGGUGACUAUUUGCCAAUGACAGCAAGUGGCGUUAAGACCUCUUAAUACUUCGUCGUCUUGCUCUACGGCCGAAUUUGGACAUCGUCACACUCUUCUAUAAAUUCGCUACCCAGAGCAGUCUCAUUCCAAACCCCUCUCACCUUCCACAUUCUCCGUCUUAAAACCAUGACUUCUCCUUACCCAGGCCAAAAAACUGCCGUCAAUGUUGUUCUGGGCACCAUGACAUUUGCGGCCCCGGGUACAUCCCACGCGCGUGUCACAGAUCUCAAAGAUGUUGAAGCUAUCAUCGAUAUCUUCCUCAGCCAUGGGCAUCGCGAGCUGGACGCGGCACGCUGGUACGGUUAUGGCACGAACGAAGUAUAUCUCGGGCAGAUCGACUGGAAGAGCAAGGGGGUGCUGAUGGAGACGAAGCUCUGGCCCGUUUCACCCGAGAUGAGCUUCAUCGGUGAUCAUUCGCCGGCGAACAUCCGCAAGUUCUGCCAGAUGUCCCUGGACGCUCUCAAAACCGACUUGCUCGAGAUGUGGUACCUCCACGGUCCUGAUCGGCACAACCCGUACGAAGAUACGCUGCGCGCUGUUAACGAACUCUACAAGGAAGGCAAGUUCAAGCGGUUCGGGAUCAGCAACUACAUGUCAUGGGAGGUGGCUGAGAUUUGCGGCAUCUGCGAGCGCAACGGCUGGGUCAAACCAUCUGUUUAUCAGGGCCUUUACAACGCGGUCCAUCGCGCUGUGGAACCGGAACUCUUCCCGUGUUUGCGCAAAUUCGGGAUUGCAUUCUAUGGAUUCAAUCCGAUCGGUGGCGGAUUCUUCACAGGCCGGUACUCUAACUCUACCGACGAAGCGGAAAGCACCUCCCGCUUCCACGGUGAGGGUCGCACCAGCGUCCUCUACCGCAAGCGAUACUGGCAGCAACCGUACUUCGACGGGCUGAAUAAGAUCUCAUCAGCAGCAGAAAAAUACGGUCUCACAAUGAUUGAAGUCGCCUUGCGCUGGACCAUGCAUCAUUCUCUGAUGAAACGUGAAUUUGGCGAUGCGGUCCUGAUUGGUGCUUCGAGCGUCGCCCACAUCGAACAGAAUCUAGAGGAUCUUGAGAAGGGGCCGCUGCCUCAAGAAGUGGUCAAUGCUCUGGACGGGGCUUGGGCCGGUGUGAAGGGCAUCGCAACGAACUACUUUCACUAGCUCACGCCGUCAAACUGAAUUUGUUUCUGGAACGAUUGACCUUGAGAUCCAUCGGGCUCUCGUUGCGGGUACUUAGAACUAUACUCUUUCAAUCGCGGAAUGCAG